AUGUACAACUCGAAUCGGAAAUGGAAACUUUUUCCACACAAUACUGGUAAUACUUGGCAGAAAUUAUAGCGAUCAUGGUAACUUUCGCUAUAAUCUCUGCCAAUUCUGAUCAUCUACCUCAGUAAUGGAAAUUUUACAAAUCCCACCGAAUUACUUGUGUGAAGGAUCUGUUGUUGCUUUUAAAAUUCUGUCACAAUUUUUAUAAUGAUAUUUUCAUUAUAAUUUUAGUUACAAUUCAAGCAAGUAUUUUUCUAUCUCUUCACUUAAUUUCUCUCACAAUCAGUGUCUUGCUUCGUGCAAAACGAACGCGGGAAAAGCAAGAUUCGUGCCUUUCACUGUUGACCUCUAGCACAACAUCCGCAAAGAAAGACUUCACUGAAAUGCCAGCCACGUCCCUCACGUUCCUGUUCAAUAAAUCACGAUCUAAAGAAAGAAAACGACAAUUCGAAUAAAAAGCGAAUUUUCUAAUAGUUGUAAUGAUAUUCUCUUUGUACCAGCAAUAUCUAUGGCAAUUGGAGUUUGCAUUUAUCCUUUGGGUUGGGAUUCACCAUUAAUCCGAGCUGUCUGUGGCGCGGCCGCAUCCAGGUAUUAAUUUGAACGAAUGAAUGCAGUAUUUAAACUGUCUACGUACUUACAUCCAUGAUUGGAUCUGUCCAAUUAUCAAUCUUAAAAUUUAUAAAAUUUAUAUUUUUUCUCAAUCUUAAAAUUACAUAAAAUUUAUAUGUAACUGUAUGAUUUUCAACAUAGAGUAAUACUAAAUAGAGUAAUACUAAAAAUGCGUUAUAACGUGUUCAAGUAUCUACUUAACUACAAAAGAAGAUAACAGAUUUGCAUGACAAAUGAUUGUCUUCUUAUUUAUGAAAACAUUGAUCCAUAUCGAUAAUUUCAUUUGGUAGAUAUAAUCCAGGAGCUUGCGCCGUUAGAUGGGCAAUACCGUUAGCAGCGAUUGCCGCCUUAGAUGCUGCUACCUUGGCUGUGCUUGCUUUCAUUCUGGCGGCCAGGCACGUCAGACUUCAACCAGAACCUUUCAACAAUGGUUCCUUGUACAAAGGCGAAGUGAACCCGGGGUACGUGAACGAGGCGCAGAGUGUCGCCGGCUCCCGGAAAUCUCUGUCCUUACGACCAGUGCUUCUGGUCGCCCCGCCGGAACAGGAUCGGUACAGCGAACUCUCUAGAGCAAAGUCACACUCGCAUCACAGCCUCUACACGCCAGCACCGACGCACCCGGCCCACACCAUGUCGACGAACACGUUGAAUCACUCUCAGCACAAUUUCCAAUUAACAAACGAGAAGAGUCUUACAUUAGCGGAAUUAAAUGAAAUAUAUGAGAAUCGUGUUCAUCAGGGACAUUUUGCAAUUAUAGCAGGCAUUGCAUGCCUGUUCUAUAAAAAUUGUUCUUUAAGAGAGAGAAAAUCCAAACGAGGAGGAUUCUGUCGUUCGGCUUCGCUUCGGACAUCGCUUUUCAUGGCUCAUUCGCGCAGGUCUAAAGUACAAAGUGUUUUGCCAUGUGAGAAUAGUCUUCUAGCGAACGAGAGCUUUCUCUAUAACGCGCCAGAGAUGAACGACAAGGACGACAGCGCUUGGGUCUUCGAUUCCCUAAUCGGUUUUCUUCAGGGUCCAAUUUGGUCCGCGCCUCUGAUCACUUUCAUCGAAGAGAAGUCGCUCAUAUUCGAAGCGGACAUCGAGGAGAACGACGAGUAUGAAAAGGUGUAUCAAGAGUAUAAAAAUCUCGUGGAUUUGUUGCUUGGUUGCUUCAUGGAAGACAUGGUGAUUACUCCGGAGCAAUUCGAGUACGCUUGUACCGUGAACAAGUACACAAAAAUGCCCAUACAAUUCCAGCAGGCGAGUCAAAGAAACUUUCAGAAAAAACCUUCACUCCCCCCCAAGAAAAAAAAUAACGUACAACGUAACUUGUUCGAGCAAAUAUGGGCAGCGAACGAGUACGAGAUAUUCAAGAGAAUGAUGAUUCAGAAGAAUCUGGAACUUCAGCUGCAAGCUUUGAAUAUGAUCGAACAGAAGUAUGGUCUCACACCUGCAUCCCUCAUGUAUGAAACCGACGUGUUGAACGAAGAUCCUUUAGUUAUGGAAGAAAUCAUUCAAAAGCACGUACUGGAAAAUGACACGGAGGAAGAUCAGGAAAUAUCAUCAGAGACUUCGUUGAUCAAAGAACAUGAACGCUUAACAGCAAAAUACAAUAGCGAGAGGGCAUUAUUAGCAGAAGCUCUGAUAGCGUCACAAAAGGAACAAUCCUCUCCUAGAGAAGAAUCAUUUUCAAAGGAAAAAGUGUAUAAAAAAGAAGAAAAAGAAGAAAAAGAAGAUAGAACAGAGGAAAGAGAAAUAGAAAUAAAAAAAGAGGAAGAGGAGAAGAAGGAAGAGAAAGAAAAAGAAGAAGCAGAUAUCCCGAGGUUCCCCAAAGCAAUUCUUCUUGGUCCUAUGUCCACAAACGAGCCAAAAUCAAUGGAGCAAAACGUAUCGGUAUCAGAGGAAGAUGUGAGAAAGAGGCAGGCCUAUCUGAAAGCCAGACGCGACAAAUUGGUAGCUUUGAAGAAAGAAGCGAGGAGCCAACGGUUGGAGAUGAAUCUAUCGAGGCCGAGUUCCGCAAGAUCAGUGGCAGAAGCGACGAUCAAAGGUGAACAAGAACUAAAAUUACCGGAACCCCUGGAACCGUCUAUAUUGCAAGUACGCAAAGCACUCGCGGCUCGUCUUCAGGCAGAAGUAGUGCGUAAGCAAACAAGCCAAUAAUAACGUGAAUCAGAAGUGUGAAGCUGUUUCAUGAUCGUGAUAAGAUGGUUCUUUCUUUUCCCUUUUUUUUUUUUAAAUAUAGGAAUCUCACUCUUCACAGAGCGAAAUUUUAUGCAGCUGUAUCAAUCUUUCUUUUCUUUUCUAAGUGUGUUACGUUUUAGGAUAAAGAUACUGAAGAAAUUUGCAAAGAUACAAACGUGUUUAUACGCUUUAGAACGUAUUAAAAUGAUCAAAUCGAAUAACGGUAGAGCAUUUUAGAAGACAAGCGAACACGUUUAAAAAGAAGUGGAAAGGGAUAUAAAGUCGUUUGUUUUUUUUCUUUUUAUACAGUUCCAAGCAGUUAUCUCUGCCUUUUCUUUUUCUUCUUGAAUAAAUUUUAUCUGCUAUUGAUCACAAUAUUUAUGUAUAAGUGUAUUUCCGCUUGUGAAUACCGAUAAAAUGAUAACUAGUUUGUAAGGUCACUUGCAUUAUGUUCUCUCGGUCAUACACAUGAUCACAAUACGUCAUCAGCAACUAGUCUUAUCCUUGAGAUCUCAUAAUCUGGACUGUGAAGAAAAGUAAAGGGAAAAGCAUGUUUUAUAAUAGCAAUUUGUGUGAAUCUUUAAGAGGUGAUACGAGUGAUAUCAAUAAAAAAAAAGAAAAGAAAUAGAAGUACUUCAUAAACAAGAUUUUUAUCUUUAAAUCUUUCAAAUGAAAUUGCUAUUUUCUUGAUCGACCUUGAAAGAGAAGAGAAUGCGAAGCUAACGUUGGCAGACAGCCUUUGAAAGAUGUAUUUAAAAAAAAAAUAACGCUAAAAGAUCCAUUUUACAUGUAAUUAUGUAACAGCACAAAUUGUAUAAAUCACAAUUAGAUAAUUAAAGCUGAAAAGUCAAUGACAAUUAUAUUCAAUAUACAAAAAACUGUCCCCCCCUCCUUUCUCUUCUUUUUUUUCCGUUUGCGUUAAUUAAACACUGAGGUAAGUUACGACUCCGUUCCAUUGAUCAAUUCUUUCUAAUUUAAAAUUUUAUUUAAUUAAAUAUUCUGCACACUUCUACAACAUACUUCUAUUUCAUGUAUACACACAAUUGCCAUUCUCGCUUCUCUUCUUUUUUCGGCCCUCCGAUUAUUAAGAUCAAAAUAACUUCGUGGCGAAAUACGAGUUAAACUGCUUGAUCAAUUAUCUGUGUAUGUGUAUGUAUGCAUGUGUGUAAGGACAUAAAGCCUCUGAACAUUUUUGAAGCAGAUUCACAAUUAAUUUCAUUCUGACAGGAAACAAAGGAUACUUACAAAAGGAUAACAAAAAAUUUGUCGCUCAUAUUUUCCUGCUACUUUUCUGUAAACGUAGUAUUUAUUAAAAUGUAAUUUGCGUAACGUCUAAGUUAAUUAGAAAACAUUGAUUAGAAAUCAUCCUCGGCGUUCGCCUUCCGCCACGAAUCAGAUAUUUAGUCCGCGUUUCGUUCAACUCGUCUGGUCAAUCGUCUUUCACACUUCACUAGAAUAAAAUGCAAAAUAUUCAUUUCUUUCCACUGGCUCUCCAUUCAACUGUUACCAAACUACACACAAACCAGAAGUUUUCUUCGCUAAUUCUUGACUUUAAGUUUGUUCCUAUUUCGCAUGUUCUCUUUUUUUUUUGUUCAAUUUUUUAUGAAUAGCUUCUCAUAUAAAAAGGUGUUUUUUUCCUCUGAGUGUAUGUGUGUGUGUGUAAUUAAAACGUAUUCUAUUAUUAACACGUGGUAUUGUACAAUGUGUGCAAUUAUCUUUUCCAUCAUUGUUUUUAUACCAUGUAACAUCAUGAUAUUACGUUGAACUAUAAUAACUGUAAGAUUUUGUGACUUUCGGUGGCACUGAUGUUACAUAAAAUGUUUCACUGACUCUUUCUCCACCUCUUCAAAUUAGAAUGAAAAGUAUUUAGUAUUUUUAACAGUCGCAUUCAACGAGUCUCGUGUGAAUAUGUAUACAUAACACACGUACGUUGUAAAGAUCGACAUUCACGUUUCUCCUGACCGAGAGAAACUUCAGGUCAAAUUUUAAACCAUUUUAUUCGAGGAAAUUAACUCAUACAUGGUGAACGACAUAAUGAAAUAAAAAAGAGACAAGAAAAUAAUCAAUCUUUUUUUUUCGAAUCUUUGAAUAUUCGAGUAAUGCGUUCCUUUAAAAAAACAUAAUGUAAGCUGAAAGCUUGUAUUGGACGAUUUUAUUCUUUUGGCUACAUUUGAAACACCGAUGACGGGAUACAAUGAAUAUUAAAUAAGAAAGAAAGCGGUAAUAAUGAAAACAAGACGCAUUAGUAAUGAAUAAAUCUGAAAUUCUCCAUGUAAAAGAAUAUAUGUACAUAUAAAUAUCUGUACGGGUAUGAAAUUUAGCUUAAAUAGCACUUGCGACCACGCUAUUUAUUCUAGUAUCACUUGGAUAUCAAAUCAUUUUUUUAUUCUUCUUUUCUCAGAGUUCGUCCCCUUACAGUUUCUUUCAAAGCACAUUCAAUGCACAUUUUUUAUCAUUUCUUUUUAUCUCUUUUGUAAUUAUCAAAUAAGUCAUGAGUGUUAUGUAGAACACAUAAAGAAUAACAUUACUCGAUAUCCUUUUAAUUAAUUGUUAGCUUUUGUUACGUUUCUCUCUCUCUCUCUUUCAUUCGCAUGCUCUCUCUCUCUCUCUCUUUCUCUCUUCGUGGUCAAUCCAGGGUACACUUUUCUCCUUUUUCUUAUGUACAACAUGUAUAUCACUCACCUCCAGCGAAUUUGCUAUUCACGACUUUGAUAUUCACAAAUUUCUUUUCGCUCGUGUCUCUAAAUUAACUUCUAGAAUUUCUCAUCUUCUUUCAAUAUCAUAUAAGUUAAUAUAUAUGCAUAUAUGUUCGUAGAUGGUACGUGUAUGUGUGAUAUUUACGAAAAAUGUCCAAUAUACACAUAUAGGUCUAAAGCAGUCUUAAAAACUCUGUUCAAGGUAUGUGGGAGAGGAGGGGGACGACGACGUGAAAAAUUUAUACAUUAUAGCUUAUAAUAUUUCUGCUCCUUUUUCUUCUUUUUUUUUUUUGUUUGUUUGUUUGAGUUAACUUAA